GAAUGGGAAUAUUUCUUUUAAAUUAUUUCACUUUGCUUCCGCAAGCUAAAACUGACCCAUUUAACUUUUGCGAGUCAAUGACGCAACCAACUUUGGAAUUUGAGACAUCCCAGUUCAUAAAAGUCUUGGAUUUCUACUGGGUAUUUGAGACUUCCCGUUUUCCCAAUUUUUACAUGAGAGAUUUGGUCAAUGAGAGACGCAGAAGAAAGUCUUCAAGUUGGUUAUCAGAACCAGAACCAGGUGAACCCAAGAAAAAUGGGGUUCUGGGGAUUGCUAUGGACUCCUAUCCAAUGGUUGAAAAUGCUCAGUGAAGAGUUGCAUUGGAGCUUUGUGUUGGGUGUGGUCGUUGUGUAUGGAGUGAGCCAGGGUUUGGGUGUUGGUCUGAGUAGAGUUAGUACACUGUAUUACAUGAAGGAUGAGCAGAAAAUGCAGCCCUCUGAAGCUCAGGUGUAUUUUGGGAUCAUUCAAAUUCCUUGGGUUGUCAAGCCUCUCUGGGGCCUCCUCACUGAUACAGUUCCAAUUCUUGGGUACCGAAGACGGCCGUAUUUUGUUUCCGCAGGUUUUCUUGGUGUCAUCUCCAUGCUUGUGCUAUCCUUACACAAGAAAUUGCAUCUUGGAUUCGCCUUGUUAUCUCUAAUGGCAGGCAGUGCUGGAAUAGCUAUAGCAGAUGUUACCAUUGAUGCCUGUGUGACACAGAACAGUAUAACUCAUCCAUCCCUUGCCGGUGAUAUGCAAAGCUUGUGCGGACUGAGCUCUUCCAUUGGAGCACUGGUAGGAUUUUCACUUAGUGGCUUUUUUGUUCACCUAAUUGGGCCUAAGGGUGUCUUUGGGUUGCUUAGUAUCCCACCAGGACUGGUUGUUUUGGUUGGAAUGGUGCUGAGGGAAUCCCACGCCCAUAACUUUACGUACAGACGGGUAAACGAAAAGUUACUGGAUGCCAGUAAGUCUAUGUGGACAACAUUGAAAUGCCCGGAUGUGUGGAGGCCAUGUCUAUACAUGUACUUAUCACUUGCUGUAAGCAUGAAUAUUAAUGAAGGAAUGUUUUAUUGGUAUACAGAUGCCAAGGGAGGUCCGUCUUUCUCACAGGAGGUUAUUGGAUCCACAUAUGCUGUUGGUGCAGCUGGCUCACUUCUUGGGGUCCUUAUCUACCAAAACUUUUUAAAAAACCACCCUUUUCACGACAUACUUUUCUGGUCUCAGUUUCUCUUUGGUGCAUCAGGAUUGCUAGAUUUAGUAUUGGUUUUACGCCUAAACUUGAAAUUUGGUGUACCAGAUUUUUUCUUUGCUGUAAUUGAUGCAGCAGUUACUCAUAUGAUAGGGCGUAUUAAAUGGAUGCCUCUUCUUGUACUUAGUACCAAGCUUUGCCCACCUGGUAUAGAAGGCACUUUCUUUGCUCUGCUUAUGUCAAUCGACCAUGUUGGAAUGCUCUCAUCUUCUUGGGCAGGAGGCCUCUUCCUCCACAUUUUAAAAGUCACAAGGACACAGUUUGAGAACCUUUGGAUAGCUAUAUUGGUUAGGAGCUUGUUGAGACUAGUUCCUCUUGGUUUCCUAUACUUAAUACCCAGAAAUGAUCCCAACUUCUCUACCCUUCCAACUGAGAUGAGGACAAAAAAAGAUAAUAGUAUUCUUGAACCUGAUACUGUUGAAAUGGCCUCCCUUGUCAACAGCACUUGAUCAAUCUAGGGAUGUACUAAGAUGCAGCAACUUGAAAGAAAAAGCACAUCUAAUAGGACUUUGUGGUUGCUGCAUUGAAAUUACUGCUUCUUUUCUACAACCUGGACGAGGGUAAGCAAUUCUGCUGCAUUGAAAUUACUGCUUCUUUUGAUGUACCUCAGUGGAUGGGCUUGGUUGUCCUUCAAAGCCCUGCCCUUCAUCAUAAAAGCCUUCAAAUGCACCGUUGUUGAGGACUUCUAUACAUGCAAACAUAUGAUAAUUAUGUUUGCCAACCCAGAUUGUAUAUUGCCAACCCAGUUUCAAUUCUGCUCUAGGAUUUGGAAUCAGCAUGAAGCAGAGAGGCCUGACAUUGAAGCAGAUUCGUUUUCUCAAUUCAUUUUGUAUUAUUGAAACCACAGCUCCAAAUUCAAGAAAUUGCUCCAAUGGAUGAAGUUCAUGUUUAUUUUGUUGUA